AUGAACAACGAUAGUCUAUCACAACAAUGGUUUUCAAAGUUCAAAUCCAUAUGCGUACCGCUGCUGGAGAAGUCACAGCUAUCUGCGGGGACCGUAGCAGCUGUCUUACCUUUGCUAUCCAGCCUUGAAAGCACACUGCUCGAUGCGGGUCAAACUGGUUUCACCUUGUCUCAGUCCUUGGUAUCGUACAUAUUUUUCCCAUUGUCCACGAUUCUCCGCCGGAAUGACUUGUCUGCUAUUCCGGACCAAGUGCUGGAGAAGAUAUUUGGCGUUCUUGCCAUUUUAUGCGAAACGUGGUGGUGGUCCUGUGAUACACUGAUCUGGGAUCAGAUAUUCAAGCUAUGCAGCUCCAUCAUCGGGGGUGUCGAAGGCAAGGGCAAAGGCAAAAUCAGGGAUGACGAAACCAAAGAAGCAGCCGCACGAUGUCUGUGGGCUAUCGUUCGGCAGCGUCGCUUAGAGGAGGCACCACAAGACCUUCCCGGAGGACUGUUGCGCGACCGCAGCCAGCAAUUCAUGCCUGUUCUUGGACAGACUAUCAAUACCCUCCUCCUCACCGCAAAAUCUCCUCAUCUCCCACUGCAGCGCAUUUCGCUGAAAAUUCUACAUGCACUCAUCAGUGUGUAUGCUUCAGAGCAAUUUCUACCUUCCAUCUUGCCCGGCGUCGUGAGCAGCAUGGCCAAAAUUAAGGGUCUUGAGGCCCUGGAGCCUGUAAUCGUGAAGUCGCUAGGAGACGAAGUAUGUAUCCGAGAGGACUUCAUCAACCUCGCAGAUGAUCCUACAGUGAACCCCAAACCACCUGAUUUGCCUCCCUACCUGACCCCACGUACUUCGAGCUGGUUACGUGCGUCGGCAUCCCAAUUGCACAUUGCGCUAAAUUCAUUGACACCUCUCGUGAAUCAUCCGACCCCGCUCGCCUUGGUUGCCCUGUCCUCUUUCUCAAGGGCCAUCCUUGCCUCCACACAUCUAACUCUUCCUCAAUCCCGACCUCUUCUGUUUUCUUUCCCGGAGGUCUGCUGGCCGUCCGCUUCGGAUGCGAGACUACCGUUACUCCAAGCACUUUUAGAAAUAUCGAAAGAGAACCUCAGUUCUUUGCCUCGAUCCAUCGUUUCCCAAGAUGACACGAAGGUGGAACACAUUGCUGGCCAAAUAGAGGCAAUCUGCUUGUUGGCUACAUCUAGUAGCACGUCUUCUACAGGCCUCGGUCUACCAUCAAUUUCUUUGGGUAUCGACACGCUAUUAGGGCCAACCGGCGGAAUCGAAAAGUGGGGUUAUACUCUGCUUUCUGUCUUGGAAUUCACUAGUCCGCAAGUGAAUGUCAGCCAGGAUUCGGUCGCUCAGCUCUUGCUAGAGGACAAUGCAGACAACCCAGACACGGUUAACUUCCCUGAGGCGAUGUUAAAAAAUGUCCUCGCAAGGUCCACACGCGAUGCUCUGGCUCGCAUGCUACGUGCUUUGGGGAGAAUCAGCGGCGAAAAUUGCAUCUAUGCUGUUGAAUGGUUCGUCAGUACAGGACGUUAUUCACGAACCAACAAUGCUGUUGCGGCAUUGUGGUGCGCUGCUCGCCUCCUUGAGGGGAUCAGCGGCUUUAGUCUGGAUGAGGGUGGCAUGGCCAUUUCGAGCGGACCCCGGAGCAGGAAACUAGAGCGGUUUGCAAGAGGCUUGGCUCGUGACCUCGCUGAGUUAUGGGACGAGGAGCCGGACUUCAACAGCCAGUCCGAUAUUACCCGCACGGAUCGCCAUACGGACGACUCAUUGCUGACCACAGAAUUCACCAAGGGGUUCAAAACCAUCCGUGCCACCCUGCAGGUUGCGGAGCCAAGGGCCACAGUGCCCAAUCUGUCCGACGAUCAACCCAUACUGCAUAAGAUAUUCUGCUUGCAGUUGCUUUCGAUUAGUGCGGGCAUUUUGCAGGCUCGCUACGCCUCCGUUCUCAUCCAGGUCCUAUAUCCUAUUUUACAUUCGAUCGUGUCGCCCACACCCCAUCUUUCCCUAACCGGCCUUGCGACGUUGCAUUUUGUAUCAGCUGUCAUGUCAUACGCCUCCCCAGCCAACCUCCUACUGUCAAACUUUGACUACGCAUUGGACUCUGUGUCACGCCGCCUUAGCCGCAGAUGGCUUGACGUCGAUGCAACAAAAGUGAUGGCUGUCCUCGUGCGCCUCGUAGGGGCCGAUGUAGUGCAGAAAGCUGGUGAUGUUGUUGAAGAGUGUUUUGACCGUUUGGACGAGUAUCACGGGUACGAUGUCAUCGUUCAAGGCUUGGUGGGAGUAUUAGGAGAAGUGAUUAAGGUCAUUGAGGAAGGUCAGGACGACAUGCAGUCACUGACAAUAACCUAUUCAUUGGAGCCACUCUUCGAAUGGCUCACUCAUCGCAAUGAUCUCCCACCUCAGGAAGACACCACUGACUACGGUCCUGCCCCGCGGAAGGCAUGGGGCAACACAGAAGGGGCAUCUGAUAAAACUCAGUCAGAUCAACCGAAAGUCGCCGAGGAUGCCGAGCCUGCGCCUACACCGGGACAAGCCUUGGCCAAGCAGAUGGUUUCACGAUCUAUCUAUUUCCUCACACACGCUUCACCCGUGAUCCGCGCUCGGAUCUUAAACCUGCUAAGUUCAGCUACCCCUGUUCUCUCUGAGUCGGCCCUGUUACCAUCCAUCCAUCAAGCAUGGCCAUUCAUCCUGAAUCGUCUCAAUGACGCCGAGCCAUUUGUAGUCAGCGCGGCUGCUGGGCUUGUGGAAUCUCUCGUGACCCACGUCGGCAGUUUCAUGGGCCGCCGAGUAUGGGACGAUGUUUGGCCCCGGUUUGACAGUAUUCUGAAGAAGCUAGAUGUUUCUGAUCAUCAGAACGCCCUCACACGCCGAGGUUAUGGCGCGGUAGGAACGGAAUCAGCAUACACUCACUCUCACCGCUUAUACCGCUCAACUUUGAGGACGAUGACAGCUGCCGUAGCUGGGGUUCAUAUGCAGGACACGUCCGGCUGGCAGGUCAUUCUUGCAUUCAGGCGCUUCUUGCACAAGCAGGCACACGAGGAACUGCAGGCCUGUGCAAGAGAGUUGUAUGCGGCGCUCGCCAAAGGUAAUGGAGACGCCGUAUGGCUGGCGCUUAUGGCAACGUGUGGGCGUUUGACUGGGGAGGUAGCUAUUUUGAGAGAAUACAAAUGGGAUAUACGAGAUAAUGUGUGUUUGAUCCUGAACGAGUAA